CCUGCUGGUACGUGCAAAAGUAGCCGACAGGCUAGCGCUUCCAGUUUGGAUGCUUUUGUAGGUUUUCUUUUAGCUUCUGAAAUCCGCUAAAAGCGGCAUUUCAUUCAUCUUCAAGUACCUAGUCUGACUGGUAGGGUUGCUCAGCGUUCUGAAACGUUUUGGAGCAGGGGAGGGCGGCGGCGGUGAAAGAAUGCUUUCUCUAAAGGGUCUCCCUCACGCUGCCCGUGCUUUGAAGGCUUUAUACAUUAACGGAAUGGCGAACAUUUGUGUCCUACUUGCUGACAGCGCACAUGAUCCUUCUAACAGUAUUUCUCAAGUACUUAACAAAAAGAUGAAAAACUGAAGUCCAAGCCGUGCUGCUGAUUCAGUAUAUCACACAGUUUAAAGACUGUCCAUAAAUUUUAAGCUUUCAGAAUCGUACAUUUUAAAAUCAAAUGUGUUUAUCUUCAUUUUGCUGGGCAGAAAGCCAAAGUACUGGACUGCCUGGUUCAGGGCUGGACACCUAGUACACCUGCUAACUUGGAGCUCCAGAGACAUGGCAACGAAGGAGUCAGGAGAUGCCCAAGCACAGUUGGCCCCCUCCUCAUCUGCCAGUCAGAGCAAGGAAGUGCCUGAAAACCCAAACUAUGCUCUCAAAUGUACUCUCGUGGGGCACACGGAAGCAGUAUCAUCAGUUAAGUUUAGUCCUAAUGGAGAAUGGCUAGCAAGUUCUUCUGCUGAUAGGCUAAUCAUAAUUUGGGGAGCAUAUGAUGGAAAAUACGAGAAAACACUCUAUGGUCAUAAUCUGGAAAUAUCGGAUGUUGCCUGGUCAUCAGAUUCCAGUCGUCUUGUUUCUGCCUCAGAUGAUAAAACUCUAAAGUUAUGGGAUGCGAGAUCUGGAAAAUGUUUGAAAACACUGGAGGGGCACAGUAAUUAUGUCUUUUGUUGUAACUUCAAUCCGCCAUCCAACCUUAUCAUCUCAGGAUCUUUUGAUGAGACUGUAAAAAUAUGGGAGGUAAAAACGGGAAACUGCCUCAAGACUUUAUCUGCUCAUUCUGACCCAGUUUCUGCUGUUCAUUUUAAUUGUAGUGGGUCCUUGAUAGUGUCAGGUAGCUAUGAUGGCCUCUGUAGAAUCUGGGAUGCUGCAUCAGGCCAGUGUUUAAAAACGCUCGUUGAUGACGGUAACCCUCCUGUCUCUUUUGUAAAAUUUUCUCCAAAUGGUAAAUAUAUUCUCACUGCAACUUUGGACAAUACUCUUAAACUAUGGGAUUAUACCAGAGGCAGAUGCCUGAAAACAUACACUGGUCAUAAGAAUGAGAAAUAUUGCAUAUUUGCCAAUUUUUCAGUUACUGGUGGAAAGUGGAUUGUGUCUGGUUCUGAGGAUAACCUGGUUUACAUUUGGAACCUUCAGACCAAAGAGAUUGUACAGAAAUUACAAGGCCAUACAGAUGUCGUGAUCUCAGCAGCUUGUCAUCCUACAGAAAACCUCAUUGCAUCAGCAGCAUUAGAAAAUGACAAAACAAUUAAACUGUGGAUGAGUAACCACUAAUCCCUUUGGAAAUCAAGUAGUAUAGCUAAGUUGGCCAAGAAACUUAGUUAAAAAGAUGGUUUCUUUUAUUUUGGCAGUUUUUGUAUUUUUAAAAUUGUCAGUUGUUAAAUUUUGAGAUUCAUACCCUACAUUUAGAAAAUGAGAUAGUGGAAAAAGCACAUCUGGAACUCAGCUUCUGACUUCGUCUUUCUUUAGAAACUUUUUUUUUUUUUGUAAUUUUUAUAGAUUUACAUCCAUUUAACUUUUAUUACAGGGAUAUAUUGCAUAGUGGUGAAAUCUGGGCUUAGUAUACCCUCACCCAAAUAGUAUAUGUUGUACCCAGUAAAUUCUUCCCCACGUCUCACCCCCUCCCACCUUUGAAGUCUUCAGUGUCUGAUUCUGCUGUCCAAAUCCAUGUGGACAUAUUAUUUAUCUCCCACUUACGAGAGCAUGUGGUUUUUUAACUUUCUGUAUUAUUUCACUUAAUGGCCUCCAGGUCCAUCCAUGUUGCAAAAGACAUGAUUUCAUUCUUUUUUUAUGGCUGAGUAGUAUUCUGUGGUGUGUAUGUAUGUAUAUGUGUAUAUGUAUAUAUAAGUAUAUACACCACAUUUUCUUUAUCCAGUCAUCUGUUGAUGGGCAGUUUGGUUCCGUAACUUUGCUAAUAUGGAUAGUAUUGAGAUAAACAGGUGAUUUUAAAAUAUAAUUUCCUUUGGGUAGAUACCUACUAGUGGGAUUGCUGGAUUGGAUGGUAGUUUUUAGUUAAGAAAUCUCCAUACUGUUUUCCAUAAAGGUUAUACAAAUUUACAUUCCUCCCAACAGUGUAUAAGCUGUGCCUUUACUCUGCAUCCUUGCCAUGACUCUUUCAGACAGGAGUCUCUGUGGCCCAGGCUGGAGUGCAGUGGUGCAAACUUGGCUUACUGCAACCUCUGCCUCCUGGGUUCAAGCAAUUCUCAUAUCUCAACCUCCUGAGUAGCUAGGGUUACAGAUAUGUCACCAUGCCUGGCUAAUGUGUGUGUUUUUAGUAGAGACAGGGUUUCACCAUGUUUCCCAGACUGGUCUUGAUCUCCUGGCCUCAAAUCAUCCACCUGCCUCAACGUUUCAGUGCUGGGAGUACUGGCAUGAGCUACUGCACCCAGCCAUUUUUUGACUUUAAUAAUAGCCAUUCUGACUGGUUUAAGAUAGCAUCUUACUGUGGUUAUAAUUUGCAUUCCUCUGAUUACUGAUGUUGAACUUUUUUGUGUGUUGGCCACUUGUAUGUCUUCUUUGAAAACUGACUUAUAAUCUUGAGGCCUAUUAUUUCAUUUAUCUGUCACUGGGCAAUUUCCCAUUCCUCUCAGUGACUAUCCUAGAAAAUCAGUGUAUUUGAGAAAUAUUUAGAAGUAAAGUUGACGGAUCAGGAUGACUGAUUAAAAGAGGGGAGCAAGGGAAUUUGGAAUAAUUCCAGGGUUUCUGGUUUGGGAGAUCAGAUGAACAAGUGCAUAAGCCAGAGAUGGUGGUGGAAGAUUGGAGAUACGUGCCAGAUGCCACCUGCACACUUUUGGUAAUAUCCUAUGUGAUGGGACAUGAAAUGGUCCACAGAAUAAAAACUGGAAAAAUAAGUCAAAGUUAGGUUCAUUCUAAGCGUCCAAAAAUUUUAAGUUCAAGAAAAAAACUAAAACCAAAACAUAAAUGGUGUUUCUCAAGAAACUUUCACUAACUUGUUAGAUUGUGCUUGCUUGUGAUUUUCAGGCAAGCUAAAUGUCUGAUGAAGACUGCUCCUCUUUGUUAUGUGUCUGACCUACUUAUUCCUGCCCCUGCUUCAAACUUAGUUCAGAAAUCACCACUGAUGGAACCAUCCACUGCCUGCCUGCCUGCCUCUAAACACAGUUGACAACUGAGUUAGGUUUUCCUGUUCCUAUUAUUUACCAAUUUGUAUUGAAAUGCUUUCAUGGGCUGUGUUUCCAGAUUAUAAGCUCUGUGGAAUCAGGAAGUAUGUCUCUGUAUUCUUGUAUUAUUUGGUUUUUGUACAGUAAAGGGACUCAAGUAUUAUGUUUGAUGAAUGACAGUGAAGGAUACAGCUUCAUUAGUUGCUUGGUUUGAUAAAUUUUAAUAAUAAAUUCCCAAAAUUAUCAUUAUGUUGAUUAAAAAUAAGUGUCUAACCAUAACCUUAUAUAUUAACUUUAUUCAACAGCACUUACAGGAAAUACGAAGUAGAAAGAGAUUUCUGCCCACUUUACCUAUGGAAACAUGUUAAACAUGCCAAAAAAAACUAGAAAUUAAGCAGCAAAUAGUACAAUAACUGAAAGCAACAAGGACAAAACUGUCUUCUUUUGUAGUUUAUGGUACCUUAUAGUAGUGCUCAUUAAGUUUUGUUUGCUUGAUACAUUCUGAGGAAUAUGAGAUAUCAGAGUUACUAGUAGGGUAUGAGUGCUAUAAGGCUGGUAUGUGAGGGUACUGGGAGAAGUAGGAUUAGUUAGGGACAGGUCUGGAAUUCGGGCUAAGAAAAUGAUAUUGAACCCAUAAAGAGAUAGUCACUAUAUAUUACUGAAUAGGAGAAUGACACAAAUGAGAAACGACUGUGUAAAUUCCUGUUGCAUAGUAACUUUUAUGAGCUUUAAUGAAACAUUUGUAAUAAAAUGUAAAAUAAAAAUGUUUCAGUAAACUUGGCCUGGCACCAUGGCUGAGGGCUGAUGCCUGUAAUCCCAGCACUUUGGGAGGCCAAAGGAGGUGGAUCACCUGAGGUCAGUUCGACCAGCCUGGCCAACACGGUGAAACCCCUAUCUCUACGAAAAAUACAAAAAUUAGCUGGGUGUGGUGGUGUACACCUGUAAUGCCAGUUACUGAGGAGGCUGAGGCACGAGAAUUGCUUGAACCCGGGAGAUAGAGGUUGCAGUGAGCCAAGAUCAUGCCAGUGUACUCUAGUCUGGGCGAGAGAGCAAGACUUUGUCCCCCUCAAAAAAAAAAGGUUUCAUUAAACUAAAGCUCAUAAAUAUUACUAUGUUUAUAAUAUAAAUCUCCAUGAUACAACAUAUUUUUGUUGCAUUGCUCUAUGAAGAGGAUUACUUAUUUUUAAAAGAAGUUCUACAUUAAAAUUUAUCCAUAUUUAAAAUAUUGGCAUAGGUGUCGCAAAAUAAUCAAGAAAAACUAAUCUAAAAUGUACAAGAGACUAUGCUUUUUAACAUUAAGUUUGCAAGUGUCAAAGAACUUGAUACAUAUAAAGAAGCUAAAGCCAAUUACUCUGAAAUAUAUGGACAGACACCAUGAACACCCUCAGAUAGAUUACCAAGCCAUAGGUGGUAUGUUACAUUUUACUGAGUAUUUUAUUUGGGAAGAAAGUGCCCAAACAGCCAUGGAUAUUACUUUACUUUUUAAUCUCCCAUAACUCUCUGAGAACCAGUAUGUUGGCAUGGCUAUAUAGCAGUAGUCACUCCUUAUCCUCAGGGGAUAUAUUCCAAGACCCCUCAGUGGAUGCCUGAAACUGGAUAGUGCCCAACCCUGCGUAUACUGUUUUUGGUAUACAUACAUACCUAUGAUAAAGUUUAUUUUAUAAAUUAGGCACAGCAAAAUGCACUUUGAUGCAACUAGUAUUUUUUUUUAAAAUGGAGUCUUGCUCUGCAGCCCAGGCUGGAGUGCAGUUGUGCGAUCUUGGCUUACUGCAACUUCUGUCUCCUGAGUUCUGGUUUAAGCAAUUCUCCUACCUCAGCCUCCCAAGUAGCUGGGAUUACAGGUGUGUGCCACCACACCCAGCUAAUUUUUGUAUUUUUUUUUUUUUAAGUAGAGAUGGGGUUUCACCAGGUUGGCCAGGCUGGUCUUGAAUUCCUGACCUGUAAUCCCAGCACUUUUGGAGGCUGAAGCAGGUGGAUCAUAAAGUCAGGAGUUCAAGACCAGGCUGGCCAACACAGUAAAACCCCGUCUCUACUAAAAAUACAAAAAUUAGCUGGGCAUGACGAUGCACGCCUGUAGUCUCAGCUACUUGGGAGGCUGAGGCAGGAGAAUUGCUUGAACCCAGGAGGUGGAGGUUGCAGUAAGCCAAAAUUGUGCCACUGCACUCCAGCCUGGGCAACAGAGCAAGACUCUGUCUCAAAAAAAAAUUACAGAAUGUGGUCUGGCUGCUUGUCAGGGCUCGCUGUUAGGGGGCAGCCUCCCCACCAGUACCAGGGCAUUUGAGUAGGCUGGCUCUCCAAGCUGCAUCUGGGCCAUAUACUCAACUGGCCUUCCUUAUCUCUUCAGAAAUGAGUUCGCCUGUGGAGAGGUUACUUUGGUAAUGGAAAGAGAAGUAAGAUAGAGUACCUGCUUCUCUAAAGAUGAGUUGGUAUUCAAGUUGAAGUAAGUUGUUUCAUUUUUCUCCAAAAGGCUGAGAGGCUACAGUUUAGUUGGAUCAAAACAGUAAGACAUAAUCAUUCUUUAAGAAAAUUUAUUUCUGCUAUAGCAGAAAUACAGAAAUGGCAAAGGUUUGGGCAAACCAUACUUUAUGAAAUGGCUCCUCAUACCACAUCCUUUUUAAUACAGGCUUGUUGCAACGUAAUUCCUGGAUUUUCAAAAUUCAGCCAACACGGAGACCUCUGCUACUCUGUUUUGGCAUUCAUAGCUGUUUCUUCUCUCAGACGAGCUUUCUUUGCUAAGUUCAUGCUUGUUAAAGUCUCAUGUCUUUGGGCAGCCUAAAGCAAAACAGAUUUGAACAGGUGAUUUGUAUGAUGGUCAGGGGAGGGUGUCUGCCUUGCACUGACAACAGCAGGUUAAUAGGGCAGUAGAGGCAUGGAGUCCUCUGCUGCUUGGACACUGGGCGUGGUAGUCUCCUCCACGUGCUUCAACUUCCUUGGACGAACCCUGCUUCUGAGAACAGCAGCUCAUCCGUACAAGCCAAAGAGAGAAGUACCACACCUCUCCUUUUUCUUCCAUUCUGGCCCCUUUAAAUCUUUAUCCUCUCCUUUUCUCUUAUACUUUCUUCUCAUUCCACCCCACUUCUCUUUUAUACUAAAUACCUCCUCAUUGUCAUUUCUAUCCCAUUUUGAUUCUUUCACUUUUCUUUGUUGCUACCAUUUCUCCUUACCUAACUUGUCUGCAUACUCAGACCCUUCUAGUUCCUCACUUUUCUUUUACCAAAAACAUUCAGCUUUGGGAAUCCCAGACUUUACCAAAAUACUACCAUUGAUGAUUUCCAGGAGUACCUGUACUACAAUUCCAUCAUCUGAGUGAGGGAGGCAACUAUUCUCUUCCCUCGUUUCUCUCCAUGUAAACUGUACAUUUCUAUGAAGCUUACGUAUGGCCAGUUUCAAAACUUUUAUACCAAAUAAGUGAAACUAGCACACUGAGCUCGUAUUUUCUUCUAUCUGUGUAUUUCAUAUGUAAAAGAAUUAGGUAUGUGGAGGGGGAGGAGAAAGGAAAGUUGAUGAGAGCAAAUAUACAAUGGCUAAUUAUUCUCUUCCAAAUCAUUAAGUUCAAAAGUUCUCCAUUCCAGUAGCAUUUAGGGAAAUGGAAAUUUCAUAAAAUGUAAAAUAUUACAAUUCUAUGGUAUAGAACAGGAAAAUAACUCUGUAAAGUACAUAAACCCCUGGAUGAUCCUAGAAGAGAUUCCAGGUGAAUAAUUUGCUUCUGGAGUAUUUAAACUCAGCUAGGACAAUCGAGUAUAUAAAAGCAAUGCAAAUUUCUCAGAAUUCUAGAAGCUCACAGUCCUGUCCACGUUUCUGCUGGUUUCAAUCUGAACUACGCAUGAGAGGUCAAAGAGGAAGACAAGACAAAUGAAGUGGGAUGGGUACAGUUUUCAAGAGAACUUCACCCAGGUCAGCACAUUUGCCCCUUCGUACUCCCACGAGGUCAGCCUAAAAUGGUAUUUCCAUUUAACUGCAAGACUAAAGAGAGCCAAAAGUAUAUUUCCUCACUCUGGAAUUACUGAGCAUAAGAAAGUCAGUUAAGAGUGGGUUUGUAGAAUGACCUUUUCAGUAUCUUUAAAUAGUUAUAAGACAUCUUUUUCCACAUGGAAUCUGUGAUAUACAGAAUUAAGCGUGGAAUUAAAAGAAGAAUUUGACCAAAGCUGCUGCAUAUACAAAUAACUAUAGCUUAAUAGCAAGAUAGUAUAAGUUUGACAACCUGCAAACUUGGUCUAAAUUUUUAUCUUGCCACUUGUUAGCUGUGUGAAUUUGGGAAAACUAUUUACCUCUUAAGGUUAUUGGGGUGAUUAAAUGAGCUUAACAGUACCUGUUACAUAAUAAGCACUCAAUAAAUGGGAGCAAUUGUAUUAUUACCCAAAUUGGGUCUACGUUCACAUUGUGGCUCUGCCAUUAGGGAGAUGUGUGGCCUUGGGCAAGUUACUAAAGCUUUCUAAGCUAUAGUUUUCCUCAUCUACAAAUGAAGUCCUAAUAAGAUCUAUCUUACAGUGUUUUUGUGAGGUUCAGAUGAGAUACCAGCUAGAAAGUACCUGGAAUGCAGUGAGUGUUCAAUUAGUGAUAGCUAUUAAUUAAAUUCUGUGCUAAAGAUUUCUGGACUUGCAUUCCUAUGUACUGCUUAGGAGCUGUGGUCUUUAGACAUAAGGCCCUGUUUGGCUGAGCUUCAAAUAAAGCUAAGAAGGUUCACCAUGAUGAAGGCAGUUAUGGUGAAGAUAAAUAUACUUCGGUACUGACACCACUCUAUAAAUAUGCAAUGGGUCAUUAAAUAUGCCAGUGUCAUAUUUCUUAAUUUACAUUAUGAUAUGUCAUAAGAAAUACUUUUUAAAUUUACGUUACACAAAAUGAGUGUAGUCCUUCUUCAUCACGCCAAAGUUAGGAUUUGCUAUUUUAUCCCCAAACGUGAUAUCCCAGGCUUGUUCCUAGUGUCUUAUUUUCUUGCUUAUCUUUUCUCAUGUAAUGUAGAAAGUAGCCUCCUCUUCUCAGAGGGUAAAUACAAGGGUCAAUUCCUGAUUUCUUCUAGGUUCUUGGUGGAGAACAUACACAGUGGAUAGAGAAGAAACCCCCUUCUCACCUUCUUGCCUUCAAUAAUCAUCAAGAUGCAUCCUGCCACUGUCAGGGCAAUCAUUAUAUAGCUAACCUUCACUCGGACCUUGUUCUUUGCAGCAUCAAGCAUCUCAAACC